ACGAAUGCCGUUUUGGCGUUUUUCUCUUUCCUCUUGUGCGUGCAGUAGUGACUAGUGAGCAAAAACGAAAGAAAGAGCCACCGUAACCGUAAUCGCACUGUUAGUAAUAUCAAUUCUAUAGUUUGUUACUGACGCUGCACCCACCGCUAAACUAAACUUCCCCAAUCACCAUGGGAGAUUCUAAACAUAUUUCCGUUCACCGUCUUCUCGGCGAAGGCUUAAUUGCUGAUGUGGUGCUGUGGAAGAAUUGGCGCGGAGCGGUUGCGGUGCUUGUAUCUGCCACCGCAUUGUGGUACCUCUUCGAGCGAGCCGGUUACAAUUUCUUGUCCUUCGUCGCCAAUGUAGUGUUGCUUCUUGUUGUUAUUCUCUUUUUCUGGGCCAAAGCUGCUAACCUUCUCAAUAGACCUCUUCCUCCUCUCCCCGAUCUGGAGAUCUCAGAGGAAACUAUUGCCAGGGUUGCUGAUGCACUGCAAAUUUGGAUGAAUCGGGCUUUGUCCGUUGCACAUGACAUAGCAAUUGAGAGGAAUUUGCUGCUUUGCCUCCAGGUUGUUGGUGUAUUGUGGGUAAUAUCUUACAUUGGUAGUUUGUUCAACUUUUUGACUUUGAUCUAUUUUGGUGUUCUUCUUUGCUUGUCUCUUCCUGUGUUGUAUGACAAGUACCAGGACCAAGUUGAUGACAGGCUGUGUGUGAUUCAUGGGAUUAUUCAGACACAGUAUACAAAAGUUCACAGUACUGUUUUAAGCAAGAUUCCAAAACUCUCAAACAAAGAAAAGAAGGUGCAGUAGGAACAUGGGUGCAAAUGGAUAAGUGAAGUCUAGUUAGGAGUGUACGAUGAAGUUCUUGAGGUUUGAAAUUUCUUUUUGCUGGGAUUCUAUUGCUCUGUUGAUUGAUGGUUAGAAGAUGGUAUGCUUAUUCUUCAGAAUCAGGGUUGACCAAUAGCUUUGACCUAGGUGCUUAUUCUCUUACGAUUUUCUUAUGUACCCCUUGGAAGAUGCUUUACAUGAACUUUUAUCAAUGGGUAUAUUACCCUAGUUAAACUAUAUUUGGAUAAGAAAGAUUAUCAGAGAGGGGAAAAAUAGAAAAGAAAGGACAUGGAGAACUUGAAUGUCAGUUUGUUUUUUUUAGGAUGGUAACAUGACAUGAUGGUUUUGGCCACGAAAAAGUUUUUGGUUGGGUUGGUUAUAUGAUGUAUUGCUUAAGUGUUUACUUACCACUAUGAGUACUGUGAUAAUCUUUUCUUAAGUAGGAAUACAACACUGGAAAUAAUAAUAAUAAUAGGUAACAAAGGUCUUGGCAUUGCGUCGCCCUUAUUCCUAGCCUCAGGUUGGCGUGUGCUUGCUGCUAAUGUGAUUGCUAAUUUAUAUUUUGUUUAUUGACUACAUUUGAGUUGGCUACAUUACCAAUUUUUGAAGUGUGGCUUUUCUUUUCA